CGUUUAAACAUAUGACGGCACCCCUGCUAUUUUCCCCACCGAAAUCACGAAAACAUACGAGCGAAGUGGAAUCCAAGCGCGAUCUCGCGAGAAUUUUCUUCCGAUAGUAAGGUGAUAUAACCUGCUCCUACCUUGCUCGUCACUGCCUACUGAUAGCAAAUUAAGCCAGGUAGAUAUUAUACGUUCAAUGUGAUCAUGUUAAUAACAUAUUUCGCCUACAAUUGGAGGUAUAGUAAUGCACCAGAAGGUCAGAAGCCGCUCGAGAAGGUAAUUGGGCUGAGCAAGUAUGGCUUUGCCGCCGGCUUAGGUGUCGGCUUAUACGAUUGCACACUUUUAUCCCAAGCCUAUACAUUCUGGCCGGCGGUGAACUGCGUGUCCUAUUGGAUGUUACCUUUCACUGCUAUGUGCGCUACUUUCGCAUCAGUAGCUUAUAUGACGACAAAGUUACGCGGCAAGGAUGGCUACGCCAACUAUGUUACAGCCUCAUUAGCCACAACUGGAGUAUUUUAUCAUUGGCAAAAGAAUGGCAAACUUACAUUUCCCUAUGGUACGCUUUUGCUGAUAUUAGCCAUGGUCAAGAAACACGGUGAUCUGAUAGGUUGGAACCCAAUGCCCCUCAAUAUCUUUGAGACUGGACCGUCUCAACACACCACGAUUCCCGUUGAUUGGACGAUCAUCAAGGAUCCCAGAGGACCCAAGCCCUGGGAGUGAAGAUCUCUCCCGCACAUACACGAGCGAGAUUGUUAGCAUUGACGUAUGAUAAUAAAAAUUAAUCAGUAGUAUAAUACAAAAGAUUUGUAAAAGUACGAUGUAACGAAAGGAUACAAGAGGAGUAUCUUUGCUUUCAUCGUGUAUAUAUUUAUUUAGAUUCUUAGUACAGAAAAGGAAAAUUCAGAACAGAUUAUGGAAGGAAACGAUGGCUGUGUCAUGUUAAUGAGGAGAUUACGUCAACGUCUCACCCUUCGUGACCUGCCAAAUAAGCACCAUUACAGUAACUAAUUGCAAACAUUCGCUUUUAGUUAAUAAAUAAAUACCAUCAUACCAACGAAAUA